AUGGGAGCAGAGAUCAAACACUGUAUAUAUGUUCCCAUUCGAAAGGCUUCAGGUCUUAAUGGGGGCCCCUGCUCUACAGUGAAUGACCAAACAACAGACUGUAAAAUAGGUUGCGACGACCACAUUCAGAGUGCCAUGAUUGAGGAACUCCAAGGAGCCAACAUCUCACAUACAAAUUUCUUAUUUAUGGGAUUUCCAGAGAUUUACAAAUACAGACGUCUGCUUUUUCUGCCAUUUUUUCUAAGUUACAUUUUAGUCGUGCUGGGGAAUUCUUUGUUGCUUUUUGUGAUCAAAAAUACAGAAAGUCUUCACUGUCCGAUGUACAUUCUAGUGUCUGCUUUGGCGGUUGUCGACAUCAUUGUACCCACUGGCAUUAUCCCAGCAAUGCUUCUUGGCUUCCUCUUUGACUUGAAUGAAAUAUCUUUAACUGGAUGUUUGACACAAAUGUUUGUUACUCAUUUCUUUUCUUCUGUAGAAUCCACCAUACUUUUAGCUAUGGCUUUAGAUCGUUUUGCGGCCAUUUGCAAGCCAUUGCAUUACACCGAAAUCAUGAACUCGUCCAUGUUUUUGAAACUGCUUAUUUUUACAUUGAUCAGAAGCGGCGCUAUAAUGUUUACACUAGUUGUUUUGGCUUCAACUUUGUCUUUUUGUGGGUCUAAUGUUAUCCAUCAUUGCUACUGUGACCACAUGGCUCUUGUAAGCUUGGCCUGUGAUUCAAUAAGCAAAAAUAAUGCAAUGGGUUUAGUUGUGAUAAUCUGUUUUGUGGGGAUUGACAUAUCUGUUAUUUUCUUCUCUUAUGUGAAAAUCUUGCAUGUUGUGUUGAGAGCUGCAGCCGGAGAGGAUCGUUGGAAAGCCUUUCAUACCUGUGGUACACACUUAAUGGUUAUGAUGUGUUUUUACUUUGUGGGUAGUAUUACCUUUCUCUCACGAAAUCUUCACAUUCCAAUCCCAAUUGAUGUUAAUACUUUUCUGGGUGUUAUGUAUAUAGUAUUCCCUGCAAGUGUCAAUCCAAUCAUUUAUGGUGUGCGAACAAAAGAAAUAAGGAGUGCUUUACUGAAAAUGUUCAAAAUAAAUAUUAAUAGAGUUUCCAUUGUAAAGGUUUCUGCAAUAAAGGUUUAA